AUGUAUGAAGAAGAAACUGCUUUACGAGUGUAUUCUCGGGGUGCCGUGCUGCAGCGCACGGGCUGUCACUGCCACACAGCUGCCGCUUGGGAGCGCUCUGCAGCUCGGACCGCCCCGUUCGGUCGCUGCCGGCGCUGGGGGCGCUGCACGGCGGGAAUCGUCUCCCGGCUUCCCGCGCUCUGCCCGGGCUGUCCGCUGCGCUCAAAUCCUGACCGCGACAUCCGACCGCCACCCGCCGGGCCCGCUGCUCGCCGGCGCCGGCGGAGGGCGGUAGCGGCCGCGCGGCGCCGGCUCCUCCCCGGCCUCUUCCGUGACGAGAGGGGCGGCAUGUGGAGGCCGGGGGCGGCCGCUGCCGUGCGUGCGGCGCGGAGGGCGGCGGCGGCGGCGGCGCGGCGGAGGAGCGGCGGCCCCGGGGAGGCCCCGAGGGCGGGGGUGGCCGCUGCGGUUCGCGGCCGGGCGGUGAGUGCGAGCGGGCGGGAGCGGUCUGCGCCCAGGGCGGGGGGGGGCGAGCUGGCGGCGCCGGGGCGGGCGGGGUGCUGCCGGUCUCGGGGCGGGGAGGGCGCGGCGCCGGGCCGGGCGCUUCCUCAGCCCCUGCGGUCACCCAGGCACGGGGCCAGCCGAGGCCUCGGCGGGCCCGCCUCUCCGGUAGGCCGAGGCUGCUGCCAGCCUCCGAUGGCACCGGGUGCAUCCGCGCUGCAACCGUCGGGAGUGCGAACAGCGCAUUUGCAAUAUGCUUCAGAGAUGAAGAGCAGUACUGUUCUCUUUAUGAAUUUAAGAAGUACAGGAACUCUGAAUGACAAAAGCUCUUUAGAUGAGACCACUUAUGAAAAACUGGCUGAAGAAACGUUGGACUCCUUGGCAGAUUUCUUUGAGGACCUCACAGAUAAGCCUUUUACCCCCGAAGAUUAUGAUGUCUCUUUAGGGAGUGGAGUUUUAACAGUUAAAUUAGGUGGAGACAUGGGAACAUAUGUAAUCAACAAGCAAACACCAAACCGGCAGAUUUGGCUGUCCUCUCCCACUAGUGGGCCCAAGCGCUAUGACUGGACUGGACGGAAUUGGGUAUAUUCUCAUGAUAGAGUAUCCCUUCAUGAACUACUAUCAAAAGAAUUUUCAGCAGCAUUAAAAACUAAGUUGGAUUUAUCAAGCUUAAUAUAUUCUGGAAAAGAAGAUACUUGAUGAUGUGCUACCUCAUGGAAGUUUAAAGACUUUAACCACCUUCCUUAGUGGUUAAGCCACCUUGGUGGUUAAACCACCAAGUCACUGGACUUAAACCAACUUCCUUGGUUUCUGAGUACCUGAGCUUAUUUCUGUUGUUGUUUUCUUGACAUUCACUGUGUGCAACAAUAUGAAAAUAAUAUAUUUUUUUUCUCUA